ACUUAAUUUUUUUUGGAGUGUUAAAGAGAUUUUUGACUACUGUCUUUUUUACACUUACACAUCAUUUAACUUAAAAUGAUUACGAAAUUUUGUCCACUUUUUUUUUUAUUAUUUUGUAUAUAUUCAACACAUCUAUGUAAGGCAGAUGUUUCUUAUAAAACUUAUGUUAUUAAUGUAUUGAAUCACAUUCGAAAUGAAAAAGCAUUGGAAUCAUUAAAACAUAUUGUGGUUAAAGACAAUACUAUUGAAAAUUUAAUUGAAUACUGGGAUUUUAAUAAACCUGUGACUACUUCGUCAGUCGAACUGACACUCAAAUUUAUGAUACAUUUACUAAAUUACAGGUUCAGCGAGAUCCUUCAAUUAUUUCAGUAUAAAUUUGUGUUUGCUUUAGAAAAUUGUCGAAGAAGUUUGGACAGUCAACAACGUGAUGAUUUUGUUGAAUGUGUUCAGCAAAUGUAUUAUACAAUAAAAAAUUCAAGAACAAUGUUUUACUGCUUGUAUGAUAUUGUAGAGUUUUUGUAUAAUUUAGAUUUCAAACUCUUAAAUCCUUUAAUAAACGUUUCUGAGUCAACAGUCAAGAUUUUUAACAUUUAUAAAAAAUUCACUGAGUUGAUAGCUACAAAAUUCCAACCAGAAUUUUUGGACAAAAAUCAAAAUCCAAAUUUUGAUGUAGCAUUAAAUAUACAAGUUUACAUGACAAAUUUUUGCAGAGAUAUAGCGGUACCAAAUAUUAACUUACUUUGCACGAUCACUAAUCAAUAUUGUGGUGUUUUUCCUAAUAAUAUACCAUAUGAUUUAUUUAUUUUGUAUGGUGACGCAGAAAAGGUUAAAGAAUUUUCUAUUAUUUAUUCUGAUAUGAAAUAUGUAUGUAAUGACCUUAAUUUAUUGUAUAAAAAUGUUAUCGAACAUGUAAAUAAAAACUUGGGAUUUGAAAAAUUGUUGUACGAUAAUAACAAUACAAUUAUACCACCUUUGUUAAAUGAGCAAAUGUGUCGAGAAAAAGUUAUUGCAUUAAUUAAUAAAAUAAUAAAAAAUUGGAAACAAGAGUUUAAACAUAUAAAAAUUUUCUCAAGAAAAGACGGCUAUAUUAGUUCUGAUUCUAUAUUACAAGGCGACAUUAACAACUACCAAACUUUUAAAACUAAACAGAUUCAAGUUUCUCAUCUAAUACGAUGUAAGUUUACUGAAAUAUUUCAACAUUUUUACAUAACAUUGAAUGUUUUAAUUAAAAUAUGCAGCAAAGAGGAAGUAAAAAAUAAUUUAUCAUUCAUUGACUAUUUAAGGAACCUUUACAAAACUAUCGAAAAAUCAUAUAUUUUGUUUAAUACUAUGCUACCAAUUUUGGAAACAUUUAUAAAUGGAUCAAAUAGUUUGAUUAUUCCUGGUCCUAAAUUGGGUAUAGAGUUUCAAAUUAGGGAGUACGUUAGUUUUAUUGAAAAUGAAAACAAUUUGAUGUCAAUAAAUUUAGAAAAUAUAUACGAUAUAAAUGACCUCAUCAGUGAAGAAAUCAUAAUUAAUUACUACCAAAAGCUGUUUAACUAUUGGUCAAAGAACCUUUCUAUAAAUUGGCUUUCAUUUUAUGAGCGUACAUCUGUAUAUUGUGAAUUAAAUUCUAAUUUUUUUAAAAAUCCUGAUAUAAUGAUUGAUCAUUUCUUGAAAAUUCAUCCAUCAGGUCAUCAAGACAUUGGACAAAUACUUAUUCCCAUAUGCAAUUAUUUUAAUAAAUAUCUUGAAAAUAUCAUCAAAAAUGAGUUAAUAAAAAUAAGUCCUUAUUAAAAAAAUGUAUAUUAAAUAAAUAUAUUAUGUUAAAUUCCGAUAAAUUCUUAUUAUAUUGUUAAAUUUAUCAACAUUAUAAAACCAAUGAUAAUUGUGGAAAACUCAUAAAUUAUAAAUUGCUAAUUUAUUUAUUUUUCAUAUAAUUAAGCUAGAAAA